GAGGCAUGCAGUUUUAGGAGAAAUACCAGAAAGUUCGAAAAGUUUCUUUUAAAAUAUUUUAUUACAUUUUUGUACAGAUUUUUUCGUGUGUGUGUGUGUGUGUGUGUGUGUGUGUGUGUGUGUGUGUGUAUGUGUGUGCAUGUGCAACACAGCGCAAGUAUUCCAGUCAGAUGAGAACUUGCAGAAGUCAGUUCUUUUCAUCCAUAAGGCUUGGUGGGUGAGCCUUUACUUUAUCAGUGGGCAUUUUGGUGACCCUUGAGCAUUUUCUAUGACUCAGCAGAGCAUGGAUCUUUUUUUGUCGAUGAAGAGAUCUUAGGAGAGUUGAAAGUGCAAACCAGUGUUUUAUAAAACUCUGCUAGGAUACGAUUGGUUCAUUGAGGACAUUUUGUAGGGCAACAGAACAGGGACAUACCCCAACCUGUCAGUCUUCUGGAGGACUAUGCAUGUAGGCAAGAGGAAUGCUAUCCUGAUUACAGUCUUGUAACUCACUCUAGGAAAUUAAAUUCACCACAAUGCAUCCUCAAAAAUUGAAAUAAAUUUCACUUUAAAGGAAAAAUGGGUCUAAUAUUUUAUUGUAACAUUGUCUGGCCUUAUUCUAAGCUUGAUAAUGGGAAUCUUACUGAAGGGUGGAAGAUUAUUCCCAAUUUCAGGAAAGAGGUUGACUGAAUCCAUGCACCGAAUUUCAUCCCUUGAGCCUUUGGCAGCCUCUGGGCCUUUCUUAUCUCUCAAAUAUAUAGAUAUUUGAACAUUCUAUGUCUUUUCUACUAAAAGUAUGUUUUUGUUUAGUACUGGUAUCAUAUGUGUUUAUGGUAAUAGUUUUCAUGCAAUCAUUGUGUUUUUGACAUUGUUAGAACUCAGCCUUGCUCUAGAAUUCUUGAAAAUAACAGUAAUAAAAUUUGUAGCCAAUCCUUAGUUUUACAUUUUUAACAUUUUUAUUGUGUGAUAAAAUUACCACUUUGGGCAGGCCUGAAUUCAGGUAUGUGAGAGCACAUUUAUGUGUGGUAUGCACAUGUGUGUGUAUGUGUGUGACAGUAAUUAUUUUCGGAUGAUUUUAAAUUUCACUUGUGACAUUAAGUUACUUGUCUUCUCCUCUUCCAAGACACUGCUUUUUCAAGAUUAUUCUCUUAGCUAGUUUGAAACUAAAGAAAAGAAUGCAAUUUAAGAAAAAAGCUAUUGCUACCUUCCCAGCCUGUUUAAAUUUCUAUGAUCACCCUAGGCAUGAUGUCUAAGAUCCAAAAUUUCUACUUUGUAUUAUGAGUCCUGUCUUUGGAAGUGCAGAUGUCAGAGUAAGGAUUAGUUAAGGAUAUGAAGAAAAUCAGAUCAACAGUCUAAAUUAAAGACUGGCAAUUAAAGACUGUAAGCUCAAUGCCUUAUUCAGUCAUAGACAAGCUUUUUUAGGUAGCAGAUAGGAACAAAUGUAGAUACCCACGGCCAGGCAUUAUGUGGAGAGUCUAAACGGGAUGUGUACAUUACAUCCCUUCCCUCAGUGCUCAGAGGACCCCAUUGAAGAGGAGGCAGAAGGAAUGUAAGAGUCUGAGGAAUGGAAGACAAGGCCCUGUGAAUCAAUUAACAAGUGAAUAUGAACUCACAAAGACUGAAGGAGCAAGCACAGGGCCUACCCUGGUCUCCAUAAGGCUCUUUGCAUAUCUAAUACAGCUUUUAGCUUAGGAUUUUUAUGAGACUCCUGAUGUGUGAACAAGUGACUCUCUGAUUCUUGUUCCUGUUUGUAGGACUCCUAUUGGUUUGCCUUGUCCCUCUUAGAUGGGAUUAGUUUUGCUUUUAUCUUAUUAUAUUUUUGCUUUGUCAUAUUUGGUGGUUAGCGCUUGGAAACCUGUUCUUUUCUAAUGAAAGACAGAAAGGAAGUGGAUCUGAUAUGGGGAGAAACUGGAAGGAGUAGAGGUAGGGGAGACUAUAAUCAGGAUAUAUGGUAUGGGAAAAGAAUCUGUUUUUGAUAAAAGAAAAAAUGAAAAAAAACUCCCUAUGUAUUAUUUACAUGUAUUUAUGUUUUUAUAUUGUUGCAUGGUAAUAAGUUGGCUUUUAAAUGAAUGGCCAUGUAAGUGAAAUUGUCAAAUUAGCCCAAAUUAUUUCUGGUAAAUAGUGUAUAAUUAAAGUUUCUGGGCAAAAUCACUGGCUCUGACAGCUAAUAGGCUAAGCAUCAGUGGAAAUCUAAAAAUGCCAAAGCUGUUAUUGAAAGCACACAUAGAUGUGGUGUGUACAUGUCUGUAUAUGUGUGUGGGUAUAAUUUUUAGAAUGAUUUUAAAUUUUACUCAUGUAAUGUCAAAGAGCAGAGAGAAGGCAGAUGUAACCAUGUUGGUUGAAGUAACCAGAGAGAAGUUUGAUGGCACCAGGUCUAUAUUUGUGGUACUGACAUGAAUUUUAUCUUUAAAUAGAAAGCACAUUUAAAUUGUUUAACUAGGCAGGCUUGAUCAUUGCACAGUUCAUCUGGGAUGAUCUAAGAACUUAUUGCUUGAGGGCAUUGACUGUUUCUCCAAAGGUGAUUGCUCCUGUUUCAAGAUGUACCCCUAACUUCACGAAUGAUUGCUCUAAUCCAGGGAGGGAUACAGCUAGGCGUUGUAGUUCCUGGACUUACCAACUGAGACAACGAUUGAGUCUCUCUUUAGCAUGCUUAUGCACAGGGUUAAACAGAUAACCCUAAGAAAAUGAAGACUCCUUCUGCCCUUCCUCAUUGCUCCCACAACAGUCUGUUUGUCUCCUGGCCAUUUCAUGUUCCUGGCAGAACACUAAAGAGCACCACCUCUUUUAACAGAAAACCUGGGGCAGAGGUCAGAAAAGAGUACAGAGAGUUGUCAGGAAGAUUCCCUGGGCAAAGCUCUUGCCCACUACUGCCGCAUGCCAGCCUUUCUUGACUCUUGGGCAAUUCUCUCUAAUGUUUUUCUCUUAAUAAAAUAACUCCAUUCCAAAAAAACUUGGAAAGUUGUUUCUGAAAUACUGUCAAUAGUCUUCAUAAACCACUUUAUUUUCUCUUCAAGUAACACAGCGGACAGGUUGCAGGCCCACAUUCACACCCUUGGGUCUGUUUACCCAUGCCCCCAACUUCAGGGGCACUACUGUGCUGCCCAGGUGGUAUGCAGGGCCCAUUCUCCAAAGUGAGCAGUGUGUCCCAAGUGUCCCAAGCUUCAGCAGGUGAGGGACAGGGACAACCCAGCUCUUCCAUUCCCAUUAUCCUGUGGCCAUCUCUCAGGGCCAACUUUUCUGCUCUCAUUAGCCUGGGGCAAAAGGGAGAAGGAGAAUCUCUCCCUUGCCAGUACCAUCCCACAGCAGACACACACACACACACACACACACACACACACACACACACACACACACACAUACAGAAAUAUACACACACAUAUGGGGGAAGGAGAGAGGAGAGUAUGUCUCCCUUGUCUAUGCCACCAUCCAGGAGAUGAGUAGCAGGGACAGGUCUCCCAUGCUCAUACCCUCAGGGAUGGCUCAGCCCAACUCCCAAAUGUGUGGGGCCCUCUCUCCUGAGUACUGCUGCUGGCUUGGGGUUGGUCAGUUCUCUUACUCUCACACCUCCAGGGCCAGCUCCCCUACAAUGCCCAGGUGAAGGGUGGGGCCUGUUCUGAACAGCCCUCAAAAACUAACAUGUCCCCAAGGGGCAGUGAGACCAGCGACAUCUGUCUGGCCUUUGGUGGUAACAGACCCCUGUGGCUGUAGGGUCACAGCCCCAAAAGUGGUCCAUGUGUUAGCAUUUAUCAGGACUCCACCAUGGUCCCAGGUGGCAUCACUGGCUACUCACAUCAGUCAUCACUACCCUCAAAUUUCCAGUUCUUCCUCCCUUCAUUGUGUCCACAUCUUUCUGUUUCUUUCUCUUCAUUUCUUGUGCCUCAGGUUCCUGAGUGUCUGGGGUCAUCUCAGGAGUGGUCUCAGGUGUGCUGUGCCCUGCUUGUGCAUUAUGGCACAGGGUAGGGGUCAUCUCAGCCAUGGUCUGCCCCUUCAGGCCUACAUGGCAUUGGAAUGAUGGUCAUCUCAGGCUAUCUCCCUGUCUGGACCCCAUGGAAGGGAGAAAUGGUAUAAUUAUAUAAUCUUACAAAUAAAAGAAAAAAAAUCUGAUAAACCUUAUUGUUCUGUGACAAAUGAGCUAUUAAUACAAAAGUAGAUGUGGCAAGGCUACCAUUCAUUCAACUCACAAAUAUUUAUUGGAUAUUUUUUAUAUUCAAAACUCUAAGCUAUAGGGUGUGACAGACCCUAUAGAAAAAUGACAGACACUAAAGAAAAUGUUUACUUUGUCCUUGUGAAACAGGUAAGGAAGGAACAGAUAUACAAGGUCAGGUGGUGAGAUAGGAUGGAAGCCAGAGGUGUCAUUUUCCAGAGUGCUCUUGUAUUUGGCCAGGCAGCAUCUGAAUUGGUACCUAAGCCAGUAAGAUGAAAUUGGCAGGGGAAGACAUUGGAGAGGCAGCUAGUACUUAUUUUCCCUAAGGAAUGCUCUGUCAGCUCAAAGGUUUUGAAUUUUUUCCUACAUUAUGCUGAGAAGUUAUUGGAGGUUUUGAAUUCACAGUGUGGCACCUGUGACUUAUAAACAGUUCUCUGGUUUCUACCUGGAGAACUCACCAUGAAGAGGCAAGGGUAGAAAUAAGGAAGCAAAAAAAAAAUUAAAGCUGUUCAUUGGUCAAUCUAAUGAUGGCUUAGAUCAUGGUGAAGGCAUAUAGAGAAAAAUGUGUGAAGGUGCAGGGAAAUCAAUGGGGGGAAUGGAUGAGCUUUGCUGUCAUUCUCCUUUGAGGAUGGGACAAAGGGAUCUCUAAAGAACAACUCCAAGUUCGACAAGACCUGCAUCCUGGAAAUAGGAACCAAUGUGAUCAAUUAGGAUUUAGGAAUAUAUCCUGAGGGAGUCAAACACGAUGUCUUGAUCCUGGGAACUGGAAGUACUGUUGUUCUGAAAAAUUUAUGAUGUAAUUUAGAUGAAUAGCCCAAGGACAGGUCACCGUUUCCUUUCAAGUGAGAAAAGAGCCAGUGCCUUCCUCAGGAAGCUGUUGAAGACAAGGCUUGCACUAUGUUUGCUCUGUUCAUGCUGGUGAUAGUCUGUUUGUUCUGCCAGUAUUGGGGUAAGUCCUGGUGAUAAAGGUACUCAAGAGUGGCCCAAUGCUGGGGAAGGAGGGGUUUCCAAACUGGCUGUCUGAGAUUGUAACAAAGGAAACUGCUUUUCCUUCUCUUCCCAGGUGUCCUUAAUGAACCUGAAAAAGGUACGAUCAUGGCUGGCAUAAAGUCUUUGGUUCAUUUGUGACACCUUCAGGAGUAAACCUCCCUUCCAUUUACUGCCAAAUCCUGAGAAUCCAGUGUUCUCCUGGCAUAUUUAUUCUAUGGCCAUUAAUAAGGAAUCGUAAUUACCUUUGUUUCCUUUUAACUAUUACAAAUACUCAUGGCAAAAAUUCAGUCUAUACAAGGUGCUUAUGUGAAUUCUUUGGGUACAUUCUACAGGAACCCUGGCCUCCUCAAAUGGUAUACAUUUGGUUUAUGUCUAUAAGCUUCUCUUUUACAAUCCCAGCACUUAGGAGACAAAGGCAGGUGGAUGGAUCUCUUUAAGUUCCAGACCAGCCAGGGAUACAUAGAGAGAUCUUAUCUCAAAAAACGAAACCAAACAGUAACCCAAAAGAAAACCUUUCUCUCUCAAGAUUAUUGUAAGAGCUCUAUUCUGGGAAUGUUAUGACCCACAGAUCAAUAGUAACUUACAGAGAAAGCUCUAAUUGCAGACGUUUUCUCCAGACUGCAUUCACUAAGUACUUCUUUCUGUGUCUAGUAGAUCUUGGAACAAUGUGUUAUAAAUGUAAGAAAUAUCAUCUUGGGUUAUGCUACGGACUCAUGAGAUCCUGCACACUGAAGCAUAGACAGUCCUGUGCUGCUGAGAACUUUUACAUACUCACGAACAGAGGGCAGAGCAUGUAUCAUUAUUCAAGACUGUCAUGUAUGACCAACUGUGAGGACAUCAACUUCCUGAGUUUUGAAAGGAGGACAGAGCUAAUUUGUUGCAAGCACAGUAGCUAUUGCAACCUCCCAAUGGGACUCUAGUUCUGAAUUUAUUAUGGGUAUGGUAUCAUUCUUCAACUUACUACCAACUCCCUUUUCCCCAAAGUUUGUAUUUACUCUCCCCACUAACUAACAAUAAAUGGGAAAGGCAUUUGUCCAUGAAAA